AUGUCACGGCACAGAGACAUCAGAAACCUUGACUUGGAUGAGGAGAUGAUUGAAGACGAGGAAGAAGAAGGAUAUUCUAAAGAAGAGCAAGCUCAAAUGGCCAGCGCUAUGCCAAUCGCAAGAAGCGCAUUGAAAGACUUCAAACCACCUAUAUCAGACGAUGCGAUUGCCGAUUCAUUAUGGCAUUAUUGGUUUGACGUGGAAAAAGCGGUAGGGUGGCUGAAGCAGGACCAUGAGAAAAAAGGCGAAGCUCCUCCUUGCUCCCUACAACCGACACCGAAAGAACAACCGCGUCGUCGACCUAAGAACUUAUUACCGCAAUCUACAUCCUUAUCCACCAAUUCCCCUCAACCCCCUCUAACCGCCUUGCAACGUCUAUCCCUUUCUCGAAAACAAGCAUCUUCCUCUCCAUCGCCUUCGCAGCCACCAAUACCAAUAAUAUCAGCUGGAACAGCUGAGGACGGCACAAAACCAAUGUCAAAACUCGCUUUGCUCGCUCAAAAACGAAAAGAAGCGGCUGCUCAAGCAGCCAACACAGCACCCGACACACCUCAAACGCCCUCAAAAGCUACGAGCGCAUCUAUACCUGCAGAUGUUGGGCAAAGAUCCACUUCGCAAUCUGCUUCAAAACCAUUAUCCAAGCUUGCCCAAAAAAUGGCAGCUGCUAGAGUUGCAAGAGAAGAAGCAUCAUCAAAGAUGGAUAUCACCCCAUCCGAUGCAAUAACCAUGGAAGUCGAUCAAACGUCUCCUACAGAUAUACCCUCUCAGGAAAGUGCCAAUGAUAUUUUCCCCUCUUUCACACCUUCACCCAAAACCAGGAACACCGCGCCUUCGACGUUCUUCUCCAUUCUCACAUCAACAUCAUCAUUUGACUCAAGUAAAGACGAGACCGGGAUUACCAAUCUACACGUACCACUUGCGACUGAUAUAUCAGAAUUAACUAAACGAUUCGAGCAAGCUUUCGCGGAGAGUCCAGAUGAAAUCGUACUUCGUAAACGACAGGGAAGAGCAGGAACAGCCGAUUUAGCUACAGCAGUCAAGAAACAAGCAAAAGGAACGGGACCAAAGCCGAAAUAG